GGCACAGCUCUUUGUCCCGGCCCAAGUCUCUGCUGGUGUCCUCUCCCUCCACGAAGCUGCUCACGCUGGAGGAGGCGCAGGCUCGGACACAGGCCCAGAUCAACUCUCCCAUCGUGGCAGACAGCAAGUACAUAGAAGUGGGAGAGGGCCCAGCAGCUUUGCAGGGGAAAUUCCACACAGUCAUAGACUUCCCAUCCGAAAGAAAAAGGCCUCCCAGCAAGAUGAAGAAGUCUCCAGUGGGCAGCUGGAGAUCCUUCUUCAACCUGGGCAAAUCCUCCUCCGUGUCCAAGCGCAAACUGCAGCGCAACCCCAGCGAGCCCUCGGAGAUGAAAGCCAUAGCCCUGGCAGGUGGACGAGGAGACAGCGGGACCCUGCGCUCGGCUAAAAGCGAGGAGUCUCUCACCUCCCUGCACGCCGUGGAUGGUGAAUCCAAACUGUUCCGGCCCCGAAGGCCCCGGUCCAGCAGCGAUGCCCUCUCUGCUUCCUUCAACGGGGAGCUCCUGGGCAACAUGAACCGCUGCAACUCCUACGACAACCUGCCCCACGACGACAGCGACGGGGACGAGGGGCUCAUCCACGUGCCCGCCCUCAUCUCGCCCCGCUCCUCCGAGGACGUCGACCUGAGCCCCCCGGACAUCGGAGUCGCCAGCCUGGACUUUGACCCCAUGUCCUUCCAGUGCAGCCCCCCCCAGGCAGAGUCCGAGUGCCUGGACAGCAGCACCUCCCUGCUGGAGUCGGUCGACAUCAAUAAGGACAAGCCAAGCCUGCUAAAGAAGGAUUUAGAAUCAGGCAGCCAGUCCCAGACCCCAGGCAGUGCCACGAGCUCUGAGCCGGUCUCCCCUUUCCAGGAGAAGAUGAGUCCCUUCUUUACGCUGGAGCUGAGCCCCACGGAGGAGCAGCCCUGCAAACCCCUCACCUUCUCACCCAAGGCGGGCCGAAAGCCCAUCAAAUCUCCACCGCUGACUGCUGAGCCCACCUGCUUUACACUGCCCAGCCGUGCGCCAGAAGCCGUCGGAGCAGUGCCCAUCACAUCCAGGAAUUCCUCUGCCUCCAGCUGGAGCAAAGGGAUUGGCAUCACUGAGAUCACAAACAGGUCCCCAACCCAGAUGUCCUUGCCCCUGAAAAGCAGUGAAACAGGAGCAGGGGAAGGAGCCCACCAAGAGCUUCAGCAUUCCCAGCUAGUGGCUGCUGGCAAGCCAGAGUUGCCAGAAGAAGGGGAGAGACCCAUGCCAAGCAGUCAGACUAAGACUGUACCCACUGGACACACACAGCCAGGAGCAGUUGCCCUCGACUCCCCCCAGGAUCCUGUUCCCGUCAGUUCUGUGUCUCUUAUCCCUCCUCCUCCUCCGAAAAACGCAGCGCGCAUGCUGGCCCUAGCGUUAGCCGAGUCCGCACAGCAAGCAUCCGCCCAGUCCCUCAAAAGGCCAGGAGAUGCUCAUGCUGAAAGCACAAAUUAUGGAGAGGCUGAAGCUGGCACAGCUCUAGAAAAGCUCCAUCUCUCUGCUGGCGCUCCAGACAAGCUCCACCUGUACACCGGUCUGCCCGAGAACCGACUCCACUUCCAGACCGGGGCUCCCGUAGAGCAGGAAUUCCAAGGUAGCGGCGCAGCCGGGGAGCAGAACCACCCACCCGGUGCACCUGGAGGCCAGGACCCCCCGCCUCUCCACACGGGCAUGCCUGGGGACAUGCCUGGGAGCAGAGAUGCAGAGCAGGAGCAGUCCAGCUUCCAUCCUGGCAAGGCGGGGGACGGUGACCACUUCCCCGCGCAGGCGGGGGACUGGGAGCACCCGGCCCAGCACGGCCCAGAGCGGGAGCCGCCCGCCACAGAGCCGUCUGGGGACAAACCCCAGCUCCGUGCCUGCCUGUCUGGGGACAAGCUCCACACUCCCACCUGCACAGCCGAGGACAAGCUGCCGUCUCCUCCCGUGGCACCUCCUGCCGGGGACAAAGGCGCCCCGGUGCCGUAUUUAACCACCAUCCCCAGCGCAGCCGCCGAGCCCCCGCAGGGGGAUGGCACCGUCCCAGCCGUGCCACGCGCAGCCACGGCCGCCCAGCCCGCCCCAGCACAGAGGCAGGACCACCAGGCAGCCACGGGACAAGUGCCAGCAGCCUCCAGCAAAACUCCAAGUAGCUCUGCUCAGGUGUGGAGCAGCGCUGCCCCUGAGAAGCCCCCAGAGCCUGCCUUUGUCCCCGAGAGCAACUCCACUGCCCGCGGCUCCUCCUCGGUGCCCGGGGGCCCCCAGGGCCAUGUGGAGAAGCCCCGAGAGCCCACGAGGGCCCCCCCACUGCACCUGCGCUCCGAGUCCGUCCCGUCCCACCCCUCCUACAGCUUCACGCCCCCGGUGCCGCCCGUGAGGACGCUGGAGAGCAAGAUCGCCGCGGCCAUGCACUCCAACAGCACCGACCCCCUCAACAAUGCCAACUACCACGCCUUCCUGGCCUCCUCCAUGCUGGCCUCCUCCGUGGAGGAGGCGCUGCUGCCACCGCCGCCACCGCCCCCGCCCAAGCACGCCGUGUACGUGCCGCACCCCAAGCCCGAGAGCAUCCCCGAGCCCUCGGGGCCGGACCCCUACCUGCACCCCAAGCCGGCCUCCAUGCACCAGUACAGGCCCGAGAGCGUCCCCCCCCACGUGUACCACGGCAAGCCCGAGCCCCACCAGGCCUACCCGCCCCGCUCGGAGCCCCCCGGCUCGGCGGGCGCCCGCUACAACACCUACAGCACCCAGGCCAAGGCCGGCCCGGCCCUGCACUCCAAGCCCCGCAGCCGGACGGAGUUCGUGUCCUCGGUGAGCCCCACGGGGCUGCGCGGCGCCGGCUACGCCGAGGACGCUCCCCCCUACCCCACCAUCCGCAGGGUGCAGUCCCUGCACGUGCCCACCCCCGCCGCCUCCGCCAUCCGCUCCGUGCCCAUCUCCCGCACCGAGGUGCCCCCGGACGACGAGCCCCUGUACUGCCCGCGGCCCCUCUACCAGUACAAGCCAUACCAGCCCCACUCCGACUACCACGUCACGCAGCUCCAGCCUUACUUCGAGAACGGGCGGGUCCACUACCGCUACAGCCCCUACUCCAGCUCCUCCUCCUACUACACCACGGCCGACGGCGGCUUCUACGACCUGGAUCCCUACAGCACCGUGCGGGUGCGGCCCUUCCACCCCCUGCCCGGCCGCGACUUCUCCUCGUACGCGGCGCGGCUGCAGAGCAAGGGGCUGUACCGCUACCCCAGCCUGGCCUCCUACCCCCGGGGGGGCCUCAUCAACCACCUGGCGGGGAAGGAGCACAGCUUUGUCAGCAGGGACGUGCCCCCCGCCCCGGACAUCAAGCACAUGUACAUGUCGUGGGACCUGGAGGACAUGGAGAAGUACCGCAUGCAGUCCAUCCGCAGGGAGAGCCGCUCGCGCCAGAAGGUCAAGGGGCCCGUCAUGUCCCAGUACGACAACGUGGCCCCGCCGCUGCAGGAGGAGCUGGGGGGGCUGGACGCCAUCCACCUGCGCAGCAAAUCCGAUCCUGGGAAAACUGGCCUCCUCACGGUGGCGGAGGGCAAGGAGGGGAGGUACCCAGGCAAGGCAGCCACCCCCGAGGGGGACGAGCGGUACUACCUGCAGCACCCCGAGCCCGAGCUGGACAGAGCCCACUACCACGGGGACUACGGGAACGGGCAGCCUGAGAAGCCGUCCCUGCCCCAGAAGCAGAGCAGCAUCCGCAACAGGAAGAUGCACGAGCCGGGCGGCAGCACCAGCGAGCACAGGACGCACUUGCAGCAGGAAGCGAGCCAUAGGCAGCCGGCCGAGCCCAAAAACGGGCCCCCCUACCCCGACUACAGGCCCAAAGCGGGCCCAGAGCCCUCCGAGCCCGUGGGCUACCAGCACUCGGGCAGCAAGUACAUCCCGGGCGGCCAGGACACCCUGAGGCUGAACCACAAGGAGGGGAGGCUGGCGCAGGACAGGCCAGACGCGGAGAGGUCCCGAGCCAGGCCCCCUGCCCCCAUGGAGAAGCACUCCAGAGACUGCUACAAGGAGGAGGAACACGCUGCCCCUCCCAUGGCCCCGCCGCCCAAGCCCGAGCGGAGCCACAGCCUGCGGAUGCAGCACCCCGAGCCCGCGGAGAGGGACUCGGCCCUGCUGUACCCCUACCAGACCCUGGGCAAGCGCCAAAGCACUAUGACUGUGGUGUCCCAGUACGACAACCUGGAGGAUUACCAUACCCUGCCUCAGCACCAAAGAGGGGGCUAUGCUGGAGCCGGGGGGUUCGUGCCCCCCGGGUUCCCCCACGUGCACAGCAGGACUUACGCCACGGCGCUGGGGCAGGGCGCCUUCCUGCCCUCCGAGCUGUGCCUGCAGAGGCCCGAGACAGAGGUCCAUGUCGAGUGAGCUGGUGUGGGGGGGGAGGAGGGAUAGAGUCUAAGCAGCCUCUGCUGGACAGUGGACUGUUUUAUUUUUUCAGUGAUGGAAAAAAAAA